CCAAAAUGCUGAAGGCUCUCCGGUUUGCGCCCUCGGUAAGAUGAAAGAAGCAUGAAGAAUGGCGAUUCACACACGGUUUGCUGUGUUGACUGACGGUCAGCGGUUUGGUCGGUGCUUCUCCACGUUGGUCGUCGCUGAGCACACGCAAAAGGGGCUGCACCCGGCGACACUGAGCGCCAUCAAUGCAGCCAAGAAGCUGCAAGAUGACGUGCGUGAGGGAAAUUAGAGACAGGGGAGGGAAAAAGAGAAGGCAAGAUGGGUGGAUGGGCUUCUGUCUUCAGAUAUGCGUGUUGGUGGCCGGCAGUGGCGCCACAGAAGCUGCCCAGGAAGCGGCCAAGCUGCAAGGUAGGCCGAUAUGAUGUGCUGGCUGUUGGGUGUGGUCACUCGUCCAUCUGUCUGGUGUGUGUGCAGGUGUGAGCAAGGUGUUGCACGUGGAUGCACCUGCUUACCAGUACCCAGUGGCGGACCAGAUGGCCAAUCUUCUUGUAGCCAUGCAGCAGAAGAGUGAGAUGGAUGGACACAAGAAUCGCCUGGUUCCUGCACGCCCUUACUUAUUCAUAUACCAGGUUCGUUCGCGUCGAUUAUGGGUCCCGUGUCAUCGCUGCUCAAGGACGUCUUCCCGCGUUUGGCCGGGGCACUCGACGUGCAGCCCCUCACCGAUGUCAUGGACAUCAAGGCAAACCAGCAAACAUUUGCCGUACCCACAGUUCACUCUGUCUGUCUGGCUGUCUGUCUGCGUGUCGAUCAGUCGUCUGACACGUUCGUGCGGCCGACAUAUGCCGGCAACGCCAUUGCCACGGUGCGUUCGAAGGACCCCGUGAAGGUCUUCACAGUGCGGCCGACUUCAUUCCCAACUGAUGGCCUGGAGGGCGGCUCUGCGCCGGUGGAGCCCGUGACGCCCCCAGAAGGACAACCAAUGGUGGUGCGCAGCAUAUACAUAUGAGGCAAACAAGGCCUGCAGGAUGACAGACAGAGGGAGCACCGUGCGAACAUCUGUGUGCGUGUACAGGAGUUCGUCAAGGAAGAGCAUGCGCAUGACGACAAGCCCCAGCUGGCCACGGCAAAGACGGUAAGAUGAAUGAGCCGAAACGAACACGCGGGUGACUGACUGCCUGCGUGCCUCCCUUUGCUGAUGGAUGGACAGGUGGUGAGCGGCGGCCGGGGUUUGAGGUCCAAGGAGGGCUUCGACACCGUCCUGGAUCCCCUCUGCCAGAAACUCAACGCCGCCAGUGAGUUACCACACAUACACACAUACGACACGGAAAUGAUUAUCAAUAAUGUCCCUGCUGUGGACCCGCCAUAUGUGUGCCACCCUCGAUCCAUUCAUCAGUGGGUGCGUCCAGGGCAGCCGUGGACGCCGGCUUUGUGCCGAACGACAUGCAGGUAUGCAACCAAACCGACAGUGAGAAAGUCCACUGGUGAGUGCCGUAGGUAUUCAUUUGUUUAUUUGUGUGGUCAUGCAGGUUGGUCAGACUGGCAAGGUGGUGGCGCCCGACCUCUACCUGGCGGUGGGCAUAUCGGGGGCCAUCCAGCACCUCGCUGGUACGACACAAAUAACACCACCAUAUACGACGGAAUGCAUUAGUAAUGAACGCAUUAUUGAGUCGUUCGCUGGUGUGCAGGCAUGAAGGACUCCAAGACCAUCGUCGCCAUCAACAAGGACGGCGAAGCGCCAAUCUUUCAGGUAGGUGCUUAUUCGACUCAGCGUUGCCGUCCGUCUGUUGUCUCUUUCACGCGCCUGCACGCCUCCACGUGUGUGUGUGAUUGGCUGAUUGACAGGUGGCUGACUAUGGGCUGGUUGCCGAUCUGUUUGAGGCCGUCCCCGAGAUGACCGACAAAGUGGCGCAGUAGACAGACAGACAGACAGACAGACAACAGACAGACAGAUGGGCGAGGCCAAGUCUCGACCCGGCAGUGGUGGUAUCUUUCUAGUAGCUGCAUGCGCUCACUCUCUCACUCACUGAGUGUGUGCACACGCACACACGCAUGUCUGUCUAUAUUGGUUGGUGUACCAUAGUGUACAUGUGCCUGCGUGAGGACCGGCCGUAUUCAUCAUCAUACAAAUUCGUGGUGCUUGUGGGACCCGCUGAUGAGAGUGAUCGUUGGCCACGACACACAUUUCCCGCACACAACGGACCCGUGGCACAGUCAAAGAAGACAUCCUCGACUAUAUCAUUGAUCGCCUCACAAGGCCCGAUCAGAAAGAGGUUCCGGGAUAUCGCGGCUUGCGUGUCAGAAAGAAGAAAGCCACUUAAUCAGGCACACAUGUAUGUAUGUAUGUAUGUAGCAGCGGGGAGAGGGAUGUUCGGACGAAUGAAGGGCACAUGCCACACGGGUGUUCAGGGUGUGUAGAUGGUGGAUGGUACUUACUGGGAGAGAGAGAGUGGGCAGAGUGAGCCGAG